AUGGGAUGCCGCUGGUUUACCUUCUUAUUUGGUGCAGCUCUUAUUCAGAGUUUGUUGGCUUUAAGUCCUAUACCAGUACCGGAAGAUGAAUGGGAAGAGUUUGCUAAGACAUUGCGGGAUCCCAACUAUAGAUUACCUACAACUACCCGACCAUCAAGAUAUGUAAUAAAUCUGACGCCUUACUUCGACAUCACGCCUACUAUUAACAUCAGGCCAUUCUCAUUUGAUGGUAUUGCAAGUAUAUACAUAAAUGCGACAGUCGAAAAUGUCCGAGAAAUUGUUAUGCAUUGCAACGAUAUUACAAUUCGAUCUUUGUCGGUGUCAUUGAAUGAUGUUUCUAUUGAUCUCGCAAAAAAUACUUUCGAAUGUGAGAUGCCUUAUAGUUUUCUAAGGAUACCUACAAAUGAUGCUCUACAAAUGGGCCAAGAAUAUGUAGUUAAUAUAAAUUACACUGGGAACAUCCAAACAAACAUGCGAGGUUUUUAUAGAAGUCAGUACAGGGACACAAAUGGACAAAGGUGGAUGGGUACAACACAGUUUCAACCCGGUCAUGCUCGUGAAGCUUUCCCAUGUUACGAUGAACCAGCAUUCAAAGCUUUCUUUGACAUAACCAUCAACAGAGAACGUGAUUUCAGUCCUAGUAUAUCUAACAUGCCUAUUAGAUCAAAUACAACAUUAGAUAAUGGAAGAAUAGCAGAAACUUUUUACACUACCCCACUAACAUCUACGUACUUAGUAGCUUUCAUAGUGUCUCAUUAUAAAAAGGUAUCUGUCGGUCAAAAUAGCGAAAGACCUUUUGAUAUAUACGCCAGAGAUAAUGCAGGUAAUACUGGAGAUUGGUCCCUUGAGAUUGGAGAAAAACUUCUUGAAAAAAUGGAAGAGUAUACCAAUAUAUCAUACUAUGGAAUGGCAGAAAAUUUAGAUAUGAAACAAGCAGCAAUACCAGACUUUUCUGCCGGUGCUAUGGAAAAUUGGGGCUUACUUACGUAUAGGGAAGCUUUCAUUCUCUAUGAUCCACUGAAUUCGAAUCAUUUCUACAAACAACGAAUAGCCAAUAUAAUAUCUCACGAAAUUACUCAUAUGUGGUUUGGUAACCUAGUUACGUGUGCUUGGUGGGACAACCUCUGGUUAAACGAAGGCUUUGCCAGGUUUUACCAAUACUAUCUUACACAAAUGGUGGCCCCGACACUCGGAUAUGACACUCGUUUUAUAGUUGAACAAGUUCACCAAGCUAUGUUGCCGGACUCUGUCGAUUCUGCACAUGCACUAACUAAUCCUAAUGUGAACGAUCCUGUUUCUGUGAGUAAUCAUUUCUCCGUCAUUACUUAUGCCAGAGGCGCUUCUGUUAUAAGAAUGACUCAACAUCUCCUCGGUGACGAUACCUUUGUGAAGGGACUGCGUCAAUAUCUCAGUGCUAGAAAGUUUAAUGUGGCAGAGCCUCAUCAUUUAUUUGAAGCACUGGAUGCUGCUGCGGUUGAGGAUGGAGCGUUAACGAAUUAUAAUGGCACUACAAUCGACUCGUACUUUAGAUCUUGGUCUGAAAAGGCCGGCCACCCUGUGUUGACUGUUACCAUUGAUCAAAGCACUGGGAUAAUGAAUGUUCACCAAGCUCGUUGGGAACUUGAAACUGGUUCUUCACAAUUUAAUAGUCUUUGGGAAAUUCCGAUCACUUGGACUAGAGCUAAUGCACACGAUUUUUACGACUUAAAACCAUCCCAAGUAUUAACUGCACAAAAUACUACAAUUGAAAGAGGGUCCCAAGGUUUCGAAUGGGUUAUCUUUAAUAAACAAGAAUCUGGUUUUUACAGAGUCAAUUACGACAACAAUAACUGGGCCUUAAUUACAAGAGCAUUAAGAAGCGGCAAUAGAACAAUAAUUCACGAAUUAAAUCGUGCUCAGAUUGUCGACGAUGUUUUCAAUUUUGCCAGAGCAGGAGUGAUGUCCUAUGACAGAGCUUUCAACAUCCUGUCUUUCUUAGAAUUUGAAGAUUCAUAUGCACCAUGGAUUGCUGCUAUUACUGGUUUUAAUUUUGCAAUCAACCGUUUGUCUUAUAAUACCACUAAUGUUCAGAGACUCAAGGAUGAAGCAAUUAAACUUAGUGCAGCUAUUACUAAUCGUUUGGGAUAUUCUGAAGUGCAAGGAGAAUCUUAUAUGGACGGGUUGCUUCGUAUGUAUGUUCUUACAUUCUUGUGCAACAUAGGUCACGCUAGUUGCUUAGAAGCUGCAAAAGAAAACUUUGCCAAUUGGAGAAGUGGAAGAUCUGUACCAGCCAACAUGCGUCCAUGGGUUUACUGCAGUGGUUUAAGACAGGGUAAUGCUGCUGAUUUCGACUAUUUCUGGAACCGCUAUCUCAAUGAAGAUCUAGCCAGUGAGAUUGUUGUAAUGAUUCAAGCAGCGGGUUGUACGUCUGACCAAGCAAGUCUCGAGAAAUUCUUGAAUGCAAUUAUCGACAACACGAAUACAAUAAGGGCCCAGGAUCUUAGCACGGCUUGGAGUUCUGCUGUGACUGGCAAUGAAAUCAAUGCAGAAAGAUUGUUUGACUGGCUGAAAAGAAAUAUUAACCAAGUUAUACAAAACCUUGGCAGUGCUGUAACUCCAAUAAAUAACAUUGCGGUUCGCCUGAGAAGCGAAAAUCAAUUAAAUGAGUUCUCGACUUGGCUAGAUCAAAAUCGUGAAAUUUUGGGCUCAGCAUACAACACUGGCGUUAAUGGUAUUAAUAGUACAAGAAACAACAUGGCAUGGGCGGCACGGCGCGUUGCAGAAUUCAUUAGAUUCUUUGACACAGGUUAUGUUGAUGACCUUUUAGAAGAACCUGAUAACGAUAACGAUUCAGCAAAUAUUGCUGCUUUAAGCUUUGUUACUUUAAUCACAACACUAGUUAUUAAUUUCAUGAUG